AUGCCUCCAACCGGUUCCUUAAAUUUGUCACUUCAGGUGGCCGGUAAUGCGACUGUAAAUACAACAAGUGGAAAUGAUGAUGAAAGGAUCUGGACUCAAAUAUUGUCAGAAGUAAGCGCUAAUGGUGUAAACAAUAACGCACCAGGAACGAUUCUGUUCCUAGGAAAUAGACAGAGCGGUAAAAGUUGGUUACUGAAUAGACUUGAGAAACGGGAAACAUCUGGCCGUGGUUCUGCGCUUGAGUACCAUUUCUUGAAUGUACACACGGAUUACAGGGAUGUAAGUUAUGCGUACCAGUUAGCUUCGGCAGGUGCCGGUGUUGCACCCGGCGAAAGCGUAACACUCCCUGUAUGGGUUUUGGAUGGUGAUUUGGCAUUCGCGCCUUUAAUGAAAUUUGCUUUAACUGCACCGUUAGGAAAAAGCAUUGUCAUAUUGUGUGCGUCGAUGCAAGAACCCGGAACUAUACUUCCAUCAUUGAAUAAAUGGGUUGAAGCGAUAGGUGACCAGAUCGAAAAUAUAUUUGAUAAAACUACCGUGAUGGAUGCUCGUAGAUCACAAGAAUUAUUUUGGCAAGAGUAUGUCGAACCACUGGAUAGCUCGAUGCAGAGUGAUAAAAUACCAUCUAUGGAAACAGAACAUGUAUUACUACCGUUGGAUCAAAAUAUCUUGACUCGAAAUACAGGUGCUGCGCUAGUAGUUGUGCUAACCAAGAGUGACUUAGCACAUACUGAAAUGUCUGAUGAUCAGCUCGAUCGCCUACAAUAUCACGUCCGCAAAUUUUGCAUGGCACAUGGAGCUGCUUUGGUUUACACAUCUGCCAAAGAGGAAAAGAAUACAGCUUUGCUAUACAAAUAUCUUGUUCAUCGAGUUUGUGGAAUGCCAUUUACAACACCUGCUCAUGUUGUUGACAAGGAUUCAGUAUUUGUGCCAGCAGGUUGGGAUAAUGAGAAAAAGCUGGAUAUAAUCAAGGAAGCAAUCCCAGAUGUGGACCAUCCAUUAGAAAUGGUGCAUGAAAAACAGUCUAUACGAGACCAAAUAAUGGAAGCGGAGGAAGAGCAAGCGUUCCUACAGAAACUUGCAAGUGUGGAAGUUGCAUCACCGAAACGAAGUGGACCGCAGAAGCAAACAAGCGAAGGAACAGAUGGCAAUUCUCCUCUUGUUUCCUUUUUCAACAACCUUCUUAGAACCAAGGAGGGUCAGGCUGCGCAGACGAAUCGUGCAGUGGUUGAUCCGCAAGCGCAGUUACAAAGAAUGCUGGAACAAGUAAACAAUUCGGCAACAUCAUCAGCAACAAAAUCGAACGGAGAGCAACUAUGA